GGCGCCUGCGAUCAGAUGACCUGGGUGUGGACCAGUCAGGUGUUCCAGCCUCCCGGGGCUCAGUUCCAAGCUGGAUGGCUGGGCAAGCGGCGCUAGGACCCCCGGGCAGAGCCUCGGGCUGAGGGGGAAUGCCUUACAUGGUUUCUCCGCGGUCACCACGUCCUCCCGCCGCCCAAAAUAGCCCCUGGCGCCUGUCCCCCUGCCUCAUGGCCGGGACAUGGCUGCUGCCUCCGAGCCCGUGCCGUUGGCCGCAUCCUGGGGACCCGCACGCCCGGAGCCCCCUCCCACCCGCUUCCACCCUGUGCACGGCGCUAACAUCCGCGUGGACCUCUCCGGAACACGGGCCACGCGCGUGGAGAGCUUCGCCCACGGCGUGUGCUUCAGUCGCGAGCCGCUGGCGCCGGGCCAGGUGUUCCUGGUGGAGAUCGAGGAGAAGGAGCUGGGCUGGUGCGGGCACUUGCGCCUCGGCCUGACCGCGCUGGACCCCGCCAGCCUGGCCGUCGUGCCCGAGUUCUCGCUGCCGGACCUGGUCAGCCUCGGCCACACCUGGGUCUUCGCCAUCACGCGCCACCACAACCGCGUGCCCCGGGAGGGCCAGCCAGCGGCUGAGGCACUGGCCCCCAGCCGGCCCCCGGCGCUCCUGGUGGAACCCUAUCUGUGCGUCGAGCAGUUCCGCAUCCCGCGGGACCGCCUGGUGGGCCGCAGCCGGCCGGGCCUCUACAGCCACCUCUUGGACCAGCUCUACGAGCUGAACGUGCUGCCUCCGACCGCGCGCCGGAGCCGCCUGGGCGUCCUCUUCUGCCCGCGCCGGGACGGCACCGCCGACAUGCACAUCCUCAUCAACGGCGAGGACAUGGGCCCCAGCGCCCGGGGGCUGCCCGCUGCCCAGCCCCUCUACGCGGUGGUGGACGUGUUUGCCUCCACCAAGAGCGUGCGCCUGGUCCAGCUCGAGUAUGGCUUGCCCUCCCUUCAGACUCUGUGCCGCUUGGUCAUCCAGAGGAGCGUGGUGCACCGGCUGGCCAUCGACGGGCUCCAUCUACCCAAAGGGCUCAAGGAUUUCUGCAAGUAUGAGUGAUGGCCUGCAGCCCCCACCCCGGGGCAGGGCCACAGGAGCACACCCUGGCCCCAGAGCUGCGGGCUGGUCGGAAGCUGGCCACGGUGCUGCCAGCCAGGACCGGAAAUAAACGCAGCCAGUGCUGACACUCUGA